ACCACAAAAUCCGACACCGGUUCAUCACCAAUUUCUCAGCCCAGCUCCGGUCCAGGACCAAGUUCCGGCUCAGCAUCCGGCUUCCUCUGCUUCUCCAUCAGCUUCUUCUGCUUCUGCAUCAGCUUCUUCUUCUAAGAGUCUGGGUGUAAAGUGGCGCAAGAGUUGGAGCGUUAUGGUGAGCUUGGAAGGAAUCGAGUAGAAAGGGUGAAAAGAAUAAGUUGUGGCUGAUGAUCUUGAAAUUAGAGAGGCCUAAUAAGCUUGGACAUUUUGUAUGGAGAUGCUGUAACAAUUUUCUAGCUGUUAAAACUAGUCUUCGAAGGAGAGGAGUACGGCUUGCAACUGAAUUAUGCUUUGAUGAUAACUAAGAACUUAAUUUAUCUUUAUAAUACAUGCCUACCAGAUCACUUGACGCACAAAAAUCGACUGCAAGAAUAUGCCCAGGGAGCAGGCCUCCCACUUCCGGUUUAUCAGACUGUCAAUGAAGGAAAUCGACAUGCACCAUCAACUUUUAGGUCGUCCGUGUUGGUGGAUGGAGUUUGCUAUGCUUCAUCCAACACAUUUGCUAGUCGAAAAGCUGCUGAGCAAGAUGCUGCUAGACUGGCCAUGAUCAGUAUAACAGAGAAGAUAAAGGAAGAAGUUCCUACUAUUCCUCCUAUUCAUGAGGAUCUGGUGUUUUGCAAGAGUAUCCUGAAUGAAUAUAAUAUGAAAAGGAAAAUAGAACCACCUACUUACCAGACUUUUCAGGGAAAUGCGAAGGUUCCUUUCUUUGUAUCUUCUUUGGUUGUCAACGGUGUGUCCUAUACUGGGGAUGUUGGAAAAAGCAAGAAAGAGGCUGAACAGUUGGCAGCUCGUGUUGUUAUUCAAUCACUUCUAGGUGAUUCCGAAUCAGCACCCAUUAUGUCGGAGAUCCUUAGGUCUAAAUACAAACUUGCACAUAAGAGCAAGGAGCCAGACUCUUCACAUGCCAGUCUUGCAACUUCAGCAGUAAACACAGGACAAGGUUAUGUGAUCUCAACUGACACUCCAGUAGUCGUUGCACCUGAGGCAUCUUUGGGAAUGCAUCCGCCACGCCAUGAAUUUAUCAAACGGAAGCAAGAGGAACCAGCUUCUCAAGCACCCCCUCAGCUUCCCAUAGCUUUUGUUCCUCCAGCUUGUAAGCAGCCCCUAGUUGUUGUUUCAACUUCCUUGGCCACAACCCCAACUUCCUUGGCCCCUGCCUCAACUUCCUUGGCCCCUGCCUCAGCUUCCUUGGCCCCUGCCUCAGCUUCCUUGGCCCCUGCCUCAACUUCCUUGGCUCCUGCUUCCGCUUCUUUGGGCCCUGCGCCAACUUUUUGGGCUGUUCUUCCAGCUUCCAAAAAGCGGCGGAAGAACAAGAAGUCUGAAACAAACUUGCAGAAUGAUAACCAGUUGCCAGCUGGUACCUUGAACUUGAAUCAUCCAGCAUCAUGUGCAGCUUCGCAGUGAAAACCAUAACCGCACGGUAUCUAUUGCAAGGUGUAGGUCAAGCUCUUAUGUAUUUAGAUUAUGUUGUACGUUUAGACUGCAUCUGUAAGAUAAGACAUUGCGGUUGCUUGCUUGGAAAUCGGAAAUGUUUUGAGUCAGAUUUAUGUUUCUCUUUGGCUUUGUAUGAUAGAAAAUUUGCCUUA